AUGAAUCCCAAUUCGGAGGGUCAAUAUGAUCUUCCAUUACUACGACCACUUAGACCUCCCACAGUUUGCCUCCCUUCCAUAGUUGAAAGUAUUGCUACAGAAAAUUCCUUGACUCAUGAAACUACGUCUCAGCACGACUUCAGACCUACCCCCAGCCGUAACAAUAAAUUUCGCAUUUGUCGAAGACUUAAACGUCUAAUUACAAAUAAAAAUUCAUCGACAACAAGCCGUCCUUAUCACCCUACCAACACUGAACCCCGUAUCUGUGAUGACGCACCCAACACUACUGAUCAAUCUCGAUCUUGUUGCUGCCUACCCCGCCCAAAAUGUUCCCGAUUACAACAUUUCUGUUCAUCUUUUUCGAGUACCCUCGGUCGACUAACGGGUCGGCGAAUGCCUAACGAGAAUCUCUUUGUUCUCAGUAUGAUCCAGCUUCUUUGUGGACUUGCAGCAGUCGUUCUUUCAGGGGUCGCAGUAACCAAAGUGGUUUUUCUGUACCAAAUGGCAACCGGACUUUGGUCUGGCUUUCUCAUGCUCGCAACAGGCUUUCAUGGAAUUGUUACCGCUCGACGUUGUACACCAAGAACUCUUGUUAGCUUACUGAUCUUCUGCGUUCUCGUCGCACUUUCGGCCUGUCUUCUAGCCUGUGUUUCUGUUGCUGGUCUAAUAGAGGACGGGAUCCUACGACCAGAGACAUCUUUCACUCUUCUUUCCUCGAAUUCUCCAUAUUACAUAACUAGUCAUUCAUCUAUAUCAUCAAAUGGUCUUUCUGUCGAUAUCCCUCUUGGCGGAUUUUCCCAUCGAAGGGUUAUUGCAUCAAAUCAACCCCCUAGAUUGCAUCAAGUCAUGUUACAUGUACUUCUUCUUGUUAUUGGAAUUCUUGAAGCAUCUGUAAGUGUAGCCUGUGCCGUUCUCUGUUGCCGCCAAAUAUGUCCACCUGAUUCCACUCCUCCUUUGUCUGCUAUUUCUUAUCUUCAAAAUCGCGGUGCUACCUUAAUUCCUGGAGGAAGUGAUUUCUUAUUAGCUGUUGCAGCCGAACCUGGGAGACCAGCUCCGCUUCUUCUGGAUUAUCCUCUUCCUCCUGCAGAUUUGCAUCCUUCAGUUCAUCACUUUUUACCCCGUCCUGGAAGGCGAGUUGUGAUUCUUACUCAAGCAGAAACUGGAAUUCAUGCUUUAGCUGCUGCUCAAGCUGUAGCGAGCCUGGUUUCCCCCUCGCAAAAUUCUCUUUGCCCCAAUCCGACGAGUUCAUCUCAAAGAGUUCAAAAGAGGGAGGAAUCACAUCAAUUGAAAACUCAUCUGUCCACUUUUCUCCCCCAAUUAGCCAAUGGGAAUGAUUCGGAGUUUAGAUCAGCACAUCCAUCAAGUCUCCUCUAUGUUCUUUCAUCCCCAUCUCCUACUGAUGCACCUAUGAUCUUCCCUCCUUUCCCACCGGCCUAUUGUGCUGAAGAAGACACUAGUAUACGGAUGCAUCCUCAAGCAUUCAAUAUUGGUCCACAUUCGGAUCCACCGGAGUCGGUGACUUUAGGACGUCGUUCAAGGCGAAGGCAUGUUGGAAGGAGGUCUGGAAGGGAGAUCCUAGGUCCUCGUCAAUUUCUCAACCAGCGAAGAGCUAGACGGGGUGGCAGUUCUGCAGAAACUGCUGUGGGAUUGUUGGGAGAUCGGAUCUUGCAACCUGUUCUUGUUGUGGAAGAUGAUUCUAACUCACAGAUGAGCGCUCAAAAUGGCAGCCGGAAUAAUCCCCCACCUCCAAGCUAUACUAGAGAACUCAGACCUCUACCACCUACUCCCGAAGAGAAUUAA